AUGGCUGACUUCGAUGACACAGAUGGACCCCUCACUGAUCCACUUCCUAUUUUGGCUGAACUAGGCCGUCUUCUGGAUGAGAAUCGAAUCCCGAACGUCGUCGGGUGGAACUGGAAUUGUUAUCUUUUCGGCGCGGCCGGAGCAUCAGAGUCCGUUCAGUUUGUAGUUCCCGACGAGCACGUUCCGGGGGCUAUUGCAGUCAUUGCCAAUGCCGGCCUUGGCCUGACCCCGUGUACGGAUGGAACCUGCUUUCAUGUCCAGCAUAACUCCCGCGCUCCGAUCCCCGAGAAACACUUCUAUGAUGGCAUUGAGGACGGCGUAAGGGUCUCGGUUUUGAGAAAGUCGGCCACGUACUGGGCGCUGCCCGAUCUUCCGACUCAAGCUCCGGCUGCCGAUGAUCGGAAUUUUAUGCUGUCCAAUGACCCACGCAUCCCACCAGGGGCAGCUCGGGCUACUACGGUUUCUCCGUUUAAGAUUCUCACCCAGAUCGCUCUUGUGGAGAGCUUGAUCCUGUUGGCGUGCCGGGACGCUCGCCAGAUGAACCAACACUAUGUCUACUGGGAGGCGUACCUCUUGAGCAUCCAUAUGUGUGAUCCGAAAUACCGCUGGCCGGGGCCGGAGGCCCUUGAACCUCAAUUUGGACGUUGUUGGCAGAUCUUCUGCAACCCUCCGAAAUCGUGGCCAAGACGGGCCAUGCAGCAGGCAUUUGUGGAUCUGCGGGAUGAGCUGCGCGCAGGGCCGGGCUUGCCUUCGCCACCUACCAUCAAUGCUUUUGGGUCUGAGGAGAAGGCUGAGGAGUUUCUGAGGCUUAACGGAUCGUUUUGA